GAUUUUACACAGCUACUCAGGAGAAACGAAAUGAUCUGCCCUGGAGCCGCAGCAAAAUGCUGGAUGGACACCUACUCCUGGGAUGGUUAUCAUUCACAGUCAUAGUGCAUCUUCUCCACUUGCCGGGACCAGCCGCAGCAUAUUUCGGGUUGACAGGUAAUGAACCGUUGUCUAUCCUGCCACUGAACUCUCUCCCAGAGGAAAGCAUGGGCAGGGCCCACUACAAGCUGUGCGACCGGCUCAAACUGGAAAAGAAGCAGCGCAGGAUGUGCAGACGAGACCCGGGCGUGGCGGAGACCCUGAGAGAGGCCAUCACCAUGAGCGCCCUAGAAUGCCAGUAUCAAUUCCGCUUUGAGAGGUGGAACUGCACCUUAGAGGGGCGCCACCGCGCCAAUAUACUAAAAAGAGGAUUUAAAGAGACAGGCUUCCUGUAUGCUAUCUCCUCAGCGGGUCUAACCCAUGCUAUGGCCAAAGCUUGCAGCGCAGGACGCAUGGAGCGCUGCACGUGUGAUGAGGCCCCAGACUUGGAAAACCGCAAGGCAUGGCAGUGGGGAGGCUGCGGAGACAACCUUAAAUACGCAAACAAGUUUGUCAAGGACUUCCUUGGCAAACGCUCCAAUAAGGACCUGCGCGCACGCGUGGACAUGCACAACACAAAUGUGGGCAUGAAGGUAAUCAAGGCUGGAGUGGAGACCACCUGCAAAUGCCACGGCGUCUCUGGCUCCUGCACCGUCCAGACCUGCUGGCGACAGCUUCAGCCCUUCCACGAGAUCGGCAAGCAGCUGAAGCAGCGCUACGAGACGUCUGUCAAAGUUGGCAGCUCCACCAACGAGGCCACAGGGGAGGGAGAGAUCUCCACAGGACGGAGCCAGCAGCAGCAGCAACAGCAGCAACAACAGCAGCAGCAGCCACUGCCCCUGCCUGGUAUAAACGAUCAGAUCCCUCGCACUAUGGACCUGCUCCACAUCGAGGACUCGCCCAGUUUCUGUAGACCCAGCAAGUACUCGUCGGGUACAGCAGCCCGCAAGUGCUACAAGGAUAAGAACUGCGAAGCAAUCUGCUGCGGGCGAGGCCACAACACUCAAAGUAGGGAGGUGACCAGGCCCUGCCAGUGCCAGGUGCGCUGGUGCUGCUACGUCGAAUGCAAGCAGUGCACACAGAGAGAAGAAGUGUAUACCUGCAAAGGGUAAACCAGUAGCCUGUCAGUCCCAGUGGAGCAAGUCAAAGGUGGUCACAUUGAAGAGGAGUGGUUGUUUUGUUCUCAAACAAGGUUUUGCUUCCACUGUCAGAACAGUGUCCGAACAAACAAAUAGGAGCGAGCCGAUGGAGAAGCAAUAAGCACUUUGAGGGAUUUCUGUGGGUGGGGGUUCAGAGGUCCUGUGUCCCCUGUGUCUGGGGUUUGCAAAAUUUAAAACCUCCUCAGACAUCUGGGCAAACAUCUCAAGAUUUUCGUCACGGUGUUGCCUUGAAGAGAUAUAGCUUUUAUUUUCCUAAUAAAAAAAAUUCCAUUGCAAUUUCACUCAAGAAAACAGACGGAAAACAAGUAGCAAUCCAGUUCAAGGACAGUAACACCAACAGACUGAUUCCUGGGGCCCAGCCCCAAGAAGAAUGGUGUGUAUGUGUGUUUGUCAAUUUUUACAUUUGUGUGUAUGUGAGAAUGUGAUAGAUAACAAAAGGGGUGGGGGGUUAGAAUGACGACUUUUAUGGCAACGAAAACCAUAUUCAGAGACUGCGAAAAGAAGACAGGGUGUAAGAUGUACUCUACACGCACAUAUCUACACUAACACAUAUUUUGUGUUUGCAUAUGUAUGUACAUAAAUUCAGUUUUAUUGUAAUUAUAUUAUACAAGCCACUUAUCUAACUAUGUUAAAACAAACCACUAACCACACAAAUGUAUGUUGUUUGUGUGCUUUCACUCAUUGUUAUGUUCUUGAUUCAUGUUGACAAGGCCCUUUGGAAAACAGCACACCUCUGUUUUCUUGCUGUGGAUAAUUUAUAGAUCCUUUGGGACUACUCCUUCACAGGAAGAAUAAGAAAAAUCUAUUUUUUUGUAAGAUAAUAUGAAGUUGUUAGUAAAUUCAUAAAAGAAAAAACAAAACCAGCAAGUUUAGGCUAAUCUCGGCCUUGAGCAAACCAGUGUCCAGGGAAUAACUUAAACCACUAUGACUAUUUGGAUAAAAUAGAGAGAAAUAGUGCAAAUAUGAACAAUUUCCAAGUUGGAGAUGACAAUGGCCUUCUUAUUAUAGCCAACACCAUUGCAGCAGGUGAUCACUUGACCAGCGAGCGGUCCAUGUGUGACUUAGAUCAAAAGUUGUGGAGCUCUGCAGAGCUUAAAUCUACUUAAAAGGACUUUUUUUUUGUUAAACUUUGAAUACUUUGAAGUUGUAAAGAAAACUGUGGAAAACUGGAGGAAUGUAGCCCCCCUCCCAUUUCACAUCCUUCUUUCUUCUUUAGCUGCCACAGAUUGAUUGAGCCAUAUUCAACAUGUAGAUGUGUCGUAUGUACAGCAGGACCUGCUUGGGCCAGUACAAACAGUAUGGGGCAAUUGCAGAAUUGCUCAACACAAUACAUGUCGUGCAACUAGAGACAUUUCAAAGUUGAUAUGUUGCCAAACAAACGUGUGUCUUUCUUACUAUGUUAGAUGAUUGAUACCACUUUCAUGUCUGAUUGGUGAAUAUAAAGCUAUAGGUAGCAGCCAGUUAGCUUAGUUUAACAUUAAGGAACAUAGAAAAAAACAACCCAUACACAUGAGAAGAGAUAUGGCUGUGUCAAACAAUGUAAUGUUUGACACUAGAGGGCAAUGCAGAGUCGAGUUUAGCACAACAACAACAAUUAUGUCGCAGGUGGAGGUUGUGAUAAUAUACAUUUAUACUGUUCUUCCCUCUGCAUAUGCCAUAGUUUCGUACCAACUUGCAAGUCCCUCCUAAAAAAGUUAUCCCAUUGUGAAAAUGUAUUUCUGUGUAAUGCUCAUCUUGUUUAAACUAUUGGGUGCAGAAGGCUUUGUCUGUACUCAUAUAUGAAUCUACCAUUGAGCAUAACUGAGCCUUAUAAGGCAAUGUCCUGUAAAACUACAAUGUAUUAGUUAAGUUUAGUUUAUUUACGAUUUAAACAAAUGUGUGAGCUCUACAAGAUGUUUCCCGCCAUUUCCACUCUUUAUGGUAGGCUAAGCUAACUGGCUGCUAGCUGUAUUUUCAUAAUAACCUGAGGAAUGCAAUCGUGGCACUUCUUUUUCAUACAAAUCUUAGGAACGAAGGAAAUAGGAUUAUUUCCUGCAAAGUUUCCAAGAAUUACAAAGACAUUACCAUCAAGUCGAAGGUUUAAUUUUACCAAAAAGGCCUCUGUACUCACAAAUGCUGACAAUGUUUCAUUAUUUUCUCAGAAAAUUAUGUUAUAUGCUAUAAGAUAUAGGACCUUAGAUGCCUUGUUUUCAAUGGGUGUGAAUUAACUACUGAGUGAGGGACCCAGCUUUGUAUUAUAGCGCCAUUCACGCACUGAAGCCCUUUUAAAGUAUUUAAAGGUCUGUAUUUAUAGAUACAGUGCAGUGCAGAAUUGUUUUUUGGAAAUUGUAAAUAAAAAAGUUUUUUUUCCUCCUGUGGUAUAGAGACAAAAGUGAGGCACAUGUUCAUCUCUCACAAGCAAUUGAAACAGAAGUUGAGAAACUUUAAAGCAAGGCUCUGUGACAAGAAGUUUACAGAUUGUACAGCAAUCUAGCAUCAUGCCAAACAUCAUUAAAAAUGGCUAAACAGAUGGUUUAGUGUUUAAAGAUGAUUAUCACGAUAUCUGAAAUCAAACCAUCAUCCCCUACGGCAAAAUAAUGCUUCAGGACAAGCCUCGCUUGGCUUAUUUGUCCUGAAGAGGUGAAUUCCAAGCAUUUUGAUAUGAGGAGGCAUGCCAAAUAAAGACUGGUCAAAACAUAUACAUAGAACUUUGCACGCUACAUGGAAACCAUAAUAGCUAUGCUGAGGCUCGAAGCAUAAAUGCCUGCUUCCCACAGCUUCUGGUGUGUGCACUCUCCACAUUCACAUACACACUAACAGACACACACACACACUCCACUCCUCACUCUACUAUUGAAUGGAUUCAAAACAGGCAUGACAGGAAUACCAAUUGCAUACUGAUUGCAUUUUUUGUUUGUUUAUAGAUUGUACAUAGGACAAAAAUCUCUCCUGGGGAGCAUGAUGCAGCAGCCAGUUGGUUUUUAGUCGUCACAGUCGUCCAUAUUCUCAAAUCCAAAACUCUGCACUGUUUAGUCGUCAGUGGAUCAUGUACAAAAUUCUAUUUUGUAGAAGAAAAAAAAAAGAUAAAUUAUUUUUAAAUAUAUUAUGAGCAUGUGUUUAGUGUAAAUAACGUCAAAGUCUAAAUUGAUUUUAUAUCCUGUAUUUUUUACUCUGUUUUCCUUUUGGGUGUUUGUUCUUUUUGGGGUGGAGGCUUCAAGAAGCAGUGUAACUUUGAACAUAUUUCCUUUCAUAUCUCAACGUUUGCUGUUAUCUAAGCACUAACAAAUCCUGACAAAUUCACAAUCAACUCCCCUCAAGUUUUCUUUCAUUCACACAAUCAUGAGACAUUACUGUAAGUAUUCAAACUAAUUCACACUCACCAACAAUAUUAUAUUUUGUGAGAAGACUGGCUCUGUAAUGUUGGCCAUGUCGUAUAGCAUCACCUGAUCAUGUUGACGAUCACAUCAGUGUGGACUGGUUUAUACUCACCUUUGGAUAACUUUACGUGUACAUGUACCUUUUGUUAGGAUUUGUGCUGUGCUUGUAAAGGAAAGAUACAAACAAAUGUAUCACCCUUCGUGAUGAUACUACACCAACAAAGCUUUGUCCAUGUUCACUUAUUCAUGUCUUAUGGGAACCCUAAAUUAUUUUUCCUCUACCUCAUGUGUAUAGCUUGUAGGUAUAAACAGAUCACAAAUGACUGGUAAGAAUGUAUUUAAGUUAUUUAACAUCUUUGUAUAACAAAGGCGAAAAAUCUCUGAAAUAAUAAAUGAAUUUUUAAAUUA